AUGGACGGCUCUCGGUCGAAGGCUGGACGUGGCAAAGCUCGCGGAGGACGAGGUGGUAAAUCCUCGCGCGGCAAAGCUUCAUCGUCCGCUCGAGGUGGAAAAGGCAGCCGCUUUGUUCGAAAUAUUCCGAGCUCGGAAGAUAGGCCAGAGAGCGCUAUCGAUGCGAUCUCGGACGACAAUGAAGAGGGCAGUGAAGAGGAUACACGCACGAAGCCGCGGAUAAACGUUCCAGUGGCGAUGUGGGAUUUUGAUCACUGCGAUCCACGACGGUGCUCUGGCAAGAAGCUAUCUAGAUUGGGGCUCAUCGAUGAACUACGUGUUGGACAGCGCUUCCGUGGGAUAGUAUUGUCGCCCAAGGGUAAACAAGUCGUGUCAAUGGCGGAUAGAGAGAUCGUCGAAGCGGCGGGGCUUGCAGUUGUGGAGUGCUCGUGGGCAAGGUUGGAAGAGGUUCCCUUCGGAAAGAUUGCCAGCCCUCACGAGCGACUAUUGCCAUACUUGAUCGCGACCAACCAGACGAACUACGGCAAACCUUGGCGGCUCAACUGCGUCGAAGCUCUGGCGGCAGCAUUCUAUCUCACAGGCUUCGAUGAAUACGCGGAGCGGUUGCUCGCGGGUUUUGGUUGGGGCGCAGCGUUCUGGCCCGUGAACAAACAUCUCAUCGAACAAUACCGUACGUGCAAAACGGCAGAAGAAGUUUCCGCGAAACAGGAGGAUAUCCUGAAAGGGCUAGAGGCGGAUUAUGAAGCUUCGCGGAGAGAAAGAGACGAGCACGCGGAAGAGGAUGACUGGCUGGAGGCAAACCCAAAUCAUCGAGCUACACCUCCCUCAGAGUCAGAGGACGAGACGUCGUCGGAUGAGCCGUAG